CGACGAAUUACCAGAGAGAAUGGGCAGUCUGCUCAAAACGACCAUGCCGGAAAAAUCAGUGACCUUACCGGAGGACGUGGAAGCCCAGGAUUUUGACACAGCUUACGGUGGCACUAAGAUUCUCAAGCUGGCUACGACAACGCUCAGCACGGUCAUGGCUGGAAUUACGCAGUUGCGAUUCGAGGGUCGUGCUCGUGGAAGGGGAACUACGGAGCAAGACGGGUCUGAUAAAGUACGACAGCAGAAACAAGAUCUUGACGAGUCUGCCCCAGCUCCAAACUCCAGCUGGUGCGUGGAAGGUCAAGGAGGAGAUCAUAAAGUUGAGGGGUUUUCUACGGAUCAUCAUUGCGCGAAUCUUCUCGCUGCGGCAGCGCGGAGGAAUGAUGUCGUAAGUGGAGAAGCGAUUGCCAAAAAAGAUGUAGCCGAGGACGAGGUAGUAGAACGGAGAGAUGAUCAUCAUGUUGAUUCCAUCGGAAGUGGAGCGAGUACCACAAAAGGAAAAAUUCUCCCUCAGGUUCAGCUAUGGCAAGACCAGGCUGACAACCGUGUCGGCCAAAAAGAGUUCAGUAUUCUUUAUUCUGGCCUUCCGAUUUCUGAAGCAGCGAAGCCACGUAACUGGGACGCCCUAAGAGUACGGCCCAGAACGAGGAGGGCCGGCAAACGGUACGACAGAAAUUCCCUUAAUAACAAUGACAACAAAGUUCGACGGCGCGACGAUCAUGAAGGAGCCAUCGCCAAGGCGGACAACACCGACGAUGCAAACAUUCGCUUCGACCUAGUUGUCGAUGUACAAGGC